AUGUCUCGAUCAUCCAGCCCUGAGGCCCACUGGGAUCGUCUAGAGGUCUGGAUGAAUGCCUUGACUAGUAACCUUCUCCCUGAACCCACCGGGGACCUGCAGAACCUGAGCCGAGAACAGCUCGAUGACAACCUGAGUGCAUUGAUGGCCCGCGAUCCGACACAGGACUACAGCCACAAAGAGCUGGCCAAGAUCAUCGGGUCGCUGGCUCAUAAUCUCCUCGGCCACGCAAAGCUGAGUGAAGCAACGAUCCACCACAAGGAACAGGAGGCUGCAGUGCUAAAGCUCCAAGCUGGGGAAGCUCAGAAGAACUUGGUGCUCUGUCAAAGGCAACUGGAGCAACUAAAGUCGGAGACUCAGGACAGGACAGCGGACGAGAAGGAACCAGAGCUACAGGAAGAAUUGGAGAGACUACAAAACGCCUUGACUGAUCUCCGCGCCGAUACAGCACACAGAGAAAAGCAGGAAAAGGAUGCCAGAGAGAAGCUGAGCGAAAAACUUGAGCAGGCUGAGGCACUCCUGAUGAGAGCAGAGACAGAACUAAAGGAAAGAGAAGCCAGGGCCAGGGCCUAUGAAGGCCACCUGCGAAGUACCCGAACUGAGGUCUGUACUCUGGCCCAACAAAGAGACUAUUUGAAAGAAGAACUUGACACAGUUCACAAAGAGCUUAAACACGCAUAUAGACUGCAAGGGGAUCCUGAAAGAGAGAUGCACACCACCGAGUUUCCCUUAACCAGUGGACUAGUACCCCCUAGUCAAAAUAUACUGAUUGGAAAGGGGAGUGAGAGCCCAGUGCUCAAGACAUCAGCUGCCAGCAUCCCAGAACCCCUGGCAGCAGGAAGGGGGUUGGAACCCUUCCAAAGAUUAUCCUCUGAUCAUGGCGUGUCAACCAAGGAAUUGGAUAAGCUAGCUAGAAACAUUCCCGUCUUUACUCCCAACCCUGCAGGAGGCCAUGACAUCCACUCAUACCUCAACGACGUGGACUUCCACCUGCAAACGGUGACUAAUGCUACCACACGAGACAGACUUUAUCUGCUCAGAAUCACUGCUAGCCGUGAGGUGCGCAGUUUUCUAGACCGGCAGACAGAGACAGUUAAAAGGGAUUACCAGCAACUGCAGCAAGCCUUAAUCAGGGAGUUCUCUGACCCAGAGUCAGAGCAGGGACUGAUCACGGCCAUGGACCUUAAACAGGGCAGACAGGAAACCACGCAAGCGUAUUACAACAGACUCCGACAGGCCUACUUCGGAGCACGAAACGAGCCGGGAAUGGAGGACGAUAUUAAUUUUAGGUCCCUGUUCCUCCGGAACCUGCACCCCACAGUGAGUCACCAUCUGGGGGUUUUGGCAUGCCCACGGACUAUGUCCACCCAACAACUGAGAGAGUUAGCCCACAAGGCCUAUGCAAAACAAAGAGCUGCUUCUGAAAAGACAGGGAAAACCCCCACCAUCUAUCCUGUGUCUAAUCAGAGUGUAGAGCUCGCUCUAGAGGGAGCCGAGCAAAGCCCCAAUGACAACAGAAUGGCCGGACCCUUCCCAGCCAACGGGGGGCAGCGCGGACAUGGUGAUGCACCGCCCAAGCACCAAACGGGGCACUCCGAAAGACCCUGGGACAGGUCGCAAACACCUCCCAACCCACAGGGUGCCGCCACAUGGGAAGGAAAGAGGCGGCCUAAAAGGAACCGGUUUUCAGCAAAACAAGCGCCCAACUCCGGCAACCAGCAGCAGAACCCCUCUCAACAUGCUCGGGACCAAUCCAGAUUUAAACCAUCGACAGACCCGAACCGGGAAGCCACAUUCGAGUCAGCAGAGAUUAUGAAAGUUUUAAAGGAACUCCUCCAGAAAAAGCACCACAAGAGAGACAAAAAGGAUGAAUCAGACCAGUUAUGA